UCACAGCAGCCGGUUCCUCCCAGCCCGCACACUGUUCCCUGGAUACACCCACCCCUCAGACACCCCCUGUUCUCUCUCUCCCUCUCUCACCCCCUCUCUCCCUCUCGUUCCCUCUCCACCAAAGCACCAAGUAGAACUGUCAGACAGGCAGGACGCGCGGCCCUGCAUGGCCCAACCCGUCGCUACAUUCUGCUCUCCGAACAACCGCUUGGACUUUUGUUUUACACUUUUAACUUUUAAAGGGAAAUGAGGGAUUCUAGCGGCGUCGUGCACCCUCUGAUCACUAAACCGCGGGUUGCUAAGGUCUAUCUGUAUUUAUAUUACCAUUGCUGUUAUUUAAGGAGAAGGGUUGCAUGUUCCUAGGCGGGCUUCACUUCUCCACCGCUGGCGAGCCGGAGUCGGGGAGCACGAUGCUGGCCAGCCAGCUCACCUCCACCCCUUUCUCCGUCAAGGAUAUCCUCAAGAUGGAGCAGCAACAGCAGCAGCAGCAGCAGCAACAACAACAAUCUCAGCAGCAGCAGCCGCCGCGACUACUUGAGCACCAGCAGCAGGCGCACCAGAGGUCACCACACAGUCAAAUAGGCCUGCAUCAUCAUCAUCACCAUCCACAACAGCAGCCCCUGCAACACUUCCGAGCCCCGCCGUCCUGCAUGCUGGUCGGGACGGCCCGGGACAGCCCUCCGUUCUCCGAGGGGGAGGAUAACCUCGCAUACCUCAGCGCGCUGGCAGCGCAAGAGGAGCCGGGGGACGCGAGCCUCUCCCCGGACAUCAUCUACGGCGGAGUCCCCGGCGCGCUGGGACUCCUCGCCGAGCCAAAGCUGGAGGCCGUGGACCCGGCCGAGAUCAAGAGCAGCGGCCAUGUGUCCCGGGAGGAGGCAGGGGAAGGCGGCCACGGGGACUCAGAGCGCCCGGUGCAUAAGCAGAGGACCAGGCGGAAGCCUCGAGUGCUGUUCUCCCAGGCCCAGGUGUUCGAGCUGGAGCGACGCUUUAAGCAGCAGCGCUACUUGUCGGCCCCGGAGCGAGAGCACCUGGCCUCCAGCCUCAAACUCACCUCCACGCAGGUGAAGAUCUGGUUCCAGAACCGCCGCUACAAGUGCAAGCGGCAGCGGCAGGACAAGUCCCUGGAGCUGGCCGGACAGUCGCACCACCAUCACGUUCCUCCUCCACCACCCAGAAGGGUCGCGGUGCCUGUCCUGGUACGGGAUGGAAAGCCGUGUCUAGGGGGCACACAGAGCUACAACGCCGCGUACGGGUCGAGCCCCUACAGCUAUAACGGGUAUCCGGCGUACACGUACAACAAUCCCGCCUACAGCAGUGGCAACAACAACUACAGCUGCACGUACACGAGCCUCCCCACGCUGCCCCCCACCAACACCACCAGCGGGGCGGCCUUCAUGAACAUGAACCUGGGGGGCCUCGGUGGCCCCCAGACCCAACAACACCAGGGGCCAGUCACCCCCUGCCAGGGCUCGUUGCAGGGGAUUCGGGCUUGGUAGGGUAUACAUCCCCGCACCUCCCCCCUCUUUGGACGUUUUGUAUUGACUUAAACUCAUGGAGGUUUUAUGAUCAUCCAACUGCAAGCCUUGCGGUGCCGGUGCGUAAAGGUUCGUCUACGGAUCGAAUGUAUACUCACCGACAAAUACGCUAUGUCAUACUACAAAGUAUUGGUUAGAUUGGCAAGACAGUAUGAAUCACAGCGAACACUGUGAUGCAAUUGAGUGAGUACAUUUCAGCAGUUUGGUCGAAAAUAUUCAUGAAUUAACCACACACAGGACGAGUUCAGCAGCACGCAUUGGUUUGCGACAGUAUUUCAGUUUGUGUGACCAUGUAUUUGUAUGAAUUAUUUUAAAGAAGCCAGGGAAUUAGAGGCUUUUGACUUGAGUGGAAUUACUUUGAAAUGUUUUGGGUUAAAGGGAGAUAUGUGUCUCCUCCGCAACUAUUCCAAUAAACACAAGAUGGAAGGAA